CAGUCCGCCUGCGGUCCCCACGGUGCACGGACGUACAGCGGUGGUCCCGCGCGCGCGUGUUGGAGUGUGUGUUUGUGAGAGCGAGCGAGCGCGAGAGUGCGUCCGCGAGUGAGUGCGAGGGAGAUGCAAGUCGACGGGUAGUGAGUGCGAGCGCCGACUCCCCCAGUGCGUGUGUGCAUGUGUGUGCGUCAAGUGGUGAAUAGUUAUUAUUACAUCCAUUGGUAAAGGGACGUCGUCGUCCCUGCCGUAACGACUAUGUUUGAGUGCAAGCUCCUCGUCUUACUCGCGGUGAUAUCGAGCUACGUGAGCCUGGCCAAACCGCCGCCCGGCUUCUCCCCGGAACGUGACAAGGACUCGUCCAAGUACAAGUACGAGUACUCGGUGCUGGACGGGCUGGGCGCGCACUCGGGCCGCGUGGAGAGCCGCGAGGGCCCGCACACGCUGGGCGGCUACUUCGUGAGCGUGCCCAUGGGCCACGGCGCCAUGGCCUCGCCGCUGGGGCCCACCUCGCUGCAGCAGUCCGUGAGCUACAUCACCGACAGCUGGGGCUACCACCCCAUCGUGUCGUACACGACGAACCACGGCCAGGCCGUGACCACGGCGCAGUUCGCCAUGGGCAGCAAGGCGGUGGCGGCGCUGCGCCAGCAGGAGGAGCAGCAGCUGCAGCAACAACAACAGCAGCAACUGCAGCUGCAGCAGCAACUGCAACAACAACAGCAACUGCAACAACAACAGCAACAGCAGCAGCAAGAGGAGGAGCAGGAGCAACAGCAACAACAACAACAAAGCCAACAACAACAACAAACACAGGUUAGUAAAGUAGAAGUUAUCGGAAAAUAUGUAUUAGAUCAUCGAAAAGCUAAGCACAUUCAACUCAAAUAUUACGACAGCGUAAAAACUAUUUUCCCGCCUUCAGGUAUGAUGCAUAACUUUCAGGAAGCUUCAAAAAAAUUAAUCUCCUAAAGACGGUAAGCAAAUAAAUUCUUUCGAAGAUAAAAAAAGCAUAUUAAAAGUCUGAUGGGAUUGGGGGACGAAUGACUUUUACUGGCGAGCAUUUUUGCGGGGUAACUCACAACUGACCACCUAACUACUGACAUUCUUGACCUGUUUCAGAAAACGACAGUUUUAAGCCCCGUGGACCGUAAACCUCUAUCUGCGUAGAGGGCUGACGCGGCGCAGCCAUGACCAAAAACAGCGCAGCGCGGACUUAUUCAAUAGCAGUUAAAUCGGACAUAAUUAUGUCAAGGAUAUAGUUAAUUAUAGUCGUGUGAGCUGAUUUUGACAAAGUAAGGUGGAGGUAGAGGUCCCAAGUUCCGGUUUCUUUUCGUUUCUAUUAGCCUGAUGUGCCACGCCGGCACCGCUCAGCAGCAGGUGAAUAAGUAGAACGAGGGCAAAUUGAAAUCGCAAAUGUUAUUGCUUUCCGUUUUCGCCUUUGCUAAUCAUAAUUUGCCACCUUACUCUCUCUCUCUCUCUUCAUCGCCUCUCUUCACCGCCUCUCUUAU